CGGCUGAGUGUGCACAAAACGCCGAGCCGGAGAGCGGGGCUGAAGGGGGGGGGGGAGCCCAGCUGGCUUCCCGCGGGAGAAGAGACGCUGCGAGGAAGGCCGGGCGGGGGUCGAGCUGGAGGGACUGCGGAGCCCAGGCGGGCCUUCCUGCCAUGCGCGGAGCGAGCCCCGCCCCGCCCAGCCCAGAGACCGGCCGCCCAGCGGCGGCUCCCCGGGGCGGCUCCGGGCGCGGCCGGUCACGAGCGAGGGGGCUCCUCCCCCGCCCGCCCCGCCUCCCGGAGCCGCGCCCCUUCUGACCUCACCGGCUCCGGCCCCGUCCGAGCGCCCAUCGCUCCUCGGCGGCGAAGUUCCGGCCCAGCCAUGGCGGCCGCGCCCUCCGCCGCCGCAGAGCCGCCGGUGAAGCCGCUGCAGGGCGCCAUGAAGCUGGCCAAGGCUGCCCUGGAGCUGGACGCCGCAGACCGGCCGCGGGAAGCCUAUGUGGACUAUCUAAAGAGCAUCAGCUACAUCACCCAGGUUCUCCUGGAAGAGGCGGCAGCCACGACUGGGGAUGAAAAUGACCUGGCGCCUGACACCCCCAAGAUGCUCAAGGUAGCGGAGCAGUGCCUGGAAAGAGCCAAGAGCAGCGUUUCUAAAAUUGGAAAGGCCAAGGCCAAGCUGGUGGGGAAGAAGGUGGGCCCUGCUCCUGUUUCUCGGCACCGCAGAGUCUCCUCUGAUGAAGGCAGGAAGCUGUCGCCGUUUCUGCCUCCUGAGAUGUUCCAAAAGCUGCAGAUCACUCAAGUGCACAGCCCCAGGAACAGAGAGCUGAGCCCGCUGGAAGAGGCGUCCCUGCAAAACCAGAAGCUGAGAGCUACCUAUGAGGCCCGGCUGGCCCGGCUCAACCCCAACCAGGCGGUGCAGAAGACCUCUCUGACACUUUCUCUGCAACGUCAGAUGAUGGAGAAUUUGGUGAUCGCAAAAGCCCGGGAAGAGGCCCUCCAGAGAAAGAUGGAGGAGCAUCGGCUGCGGCUGCAGGAAGCUGCCAACAGGAGGUUCUCCAGUAAUGCGGUGCUGACCCCAGAAGAGCAGGAGCAGCGCGCCAUCUACGCCGCCAUCCUGGAGUACGAGCAGGACCACGAUUGGCCGAGAUUGUGGAAAGCCCAGUUGAAAGACCAUCCCAGCGAUCUAUCCUUGGUGCCAAAGCUGCUCUCGCACCUGCUCAGCUUUGCGGACCAUCCCAUCUGCCAGUUGCUGAAGAAGCUGCAGUGCUCGGCCUACAAUCGGAUCUAUCCUCUCAUCAGCCAAAGCAGGACAGACGCCUCGCGUGGUUGGUCCCUCUCCUCCUCGCUGGACGCCGAGGUCUUCCUGCCAUCGGCCACCGAGGGACGGAGGCUGCGCUCGUCCCAAAGCUUGCACUCCAUGUAUUCUGUCCAGGAACACAACAAGUUGAACCUCCGCCAUAGCAUCUCUGGCACCCCCUUCAUUGAGGACCAGAGCCUGUUGCUUCCCCCCCAAGAAGGACGUGUGUCCCCCCCAUUGGCUGACCGGGAGAGCUCCUUCGAGGACCUGGAGCAAUUUUUGUCAGCCUCUGAAGCCCGGCCAGCAGGGUCCCUGCAAAGCCCUCUGGCUGGGAAGAAGGGCUCCCAAAAGGAGGCCCUCAAGGCGGUCGUGAAGGACAUUCACAACUCCAUAGACAGACUGCUGUCCCUGACGCUGCUGGCUUUCGAAGGCCUCAACACGGCGGCCGCCAAGGAUCAAUGCUUGGCGCGGCUGGAGGAAGCCUUCUUCGGCCCACUCUGGAGGCCCCUCUUGACUGUGUACAGGACUGUCUACAAGGCGCAGGAAGAGGCUCUGUCCAAGAGCAUGGAGCUGCGCAGGAAGACCUCUCCAACUGAGAUGGGCAUCCCCUCCAAGCUGCUACCCAAGGCAGAAGGGCCUCCCCCAUACGCUGCAGCCGUGCAGGAGCUGCUCCUCCUCCCUCCCAGCAGCUGCCCACAGAGGAAGCUGGAGUGCAUCGUGAGGACCUUGCGAGUCAUCUGUGAAUGUGCAGAGGAAUACUGUGGGAGCCAACGGCCACCGGCAUCCGCCGCUAUCGGUGCUGAUGACCUCUUGCCCAUCCUGUCCUUUGUGGUCCUCCAGAGCAACUUGCCUCAGCUGGUCUCCGAGUGUGCCGCCCUGGAAGAGUUCAUCCAUGAAGGAUACCUGAUUGGGGAAGAGGGCUACUGCCUGACCUCCCUGCAGAGCGCCCUCUCCUAUGUGCAGAGCCUGGAGGGGCCACUGCAGGGGCCCGUGGUGCUCCGGAAGUAGCAGAGCUCCCGGUGAUGGGAGCUGCCCCUUCCUGAGCCGCCUCACGUAGGAUCCCUCCUGCCUCGCUGCUCCCUGGGAUGCUUUCUGGAGGACUGCCAAAGGGAAACAGAGCAGCCGGACCAGGCACCCUCCCAGGGCUACUCUUGCACAGUAUUUGGGGGGGGAGGGGUGUGCACGCAAACUUUGGUGUUAACCCAGCAUUGACCAGCAUAUGCCCUGCCCUGCAGUGGUCUGGCACUGUGGCUUCUGUCCUGGUAUAUUGCAAGACGCUUAGCUGUCUGUCCCCCGCAUCGUAACAGCUGAGCCUGCUUUUGCUUCUCUGCCUUGAGCAUGGGAAAAGAGGGGUGGGCUGCAUCUCCUUUCCCACAUUAACACCAAGAGUUGCUGCAGCCCCCCCCCCCCUUCUCUCAGCUGCAAGGCAAGCCAGCCAUCCUGGCCACCCGGCAGCCUCUUCCUUGGGAGGGAUGGCCAGAGGCAGAGAUGGGAGCCUGCUGACGCGCCAUCCCCGCUCUCUCCCUGCCCUGCAUGGCUCCUUCCUGUACAGCAGCUGCUUCAACCUGUGGGCCUGUGGCGCCUGCACCCCACGGGGCCACUUUCUCCUUGCCUCUGUUGGGGUUUUAUGGGGUAAAGGGAAGGCGGGGGAUGGGCCUGGCUGCCCAUUCUUCCUUGCGUUAGUUUGGGUCUUUGAGUUCCUCUGAUGGAAGAGGGGCCACCACAGGGGAAGCCGAUACGGGCGAAUGUGAACUUUCCUUGUGGAUUGUGCGUUGUCUACUGAUGCAGAGGAGAGCUUGAGGGAGAAGACGGGAAGCAGGAAGACUGAGAGUGGCUGGCAGGAAUUCGCACAAGCCUCUGAGCCGCCAGCUGUGGGGGAACCCAAUGGCAGCCCUAUGAGGGGGCACGGGGGGAAGGAAGACGGAGCGCCCAUCCUGCAGAGUGCAGCCGGGCAGGGCCCCGGAGGGGCUCGUGGGGAUCCUGAGAGGCCUCCACUGCACCAUAGGAAGCAGGGGCUCCCUUGCCAUUCAGGCAUCUGCACCGGCUCCUGGAGGGGGGGGGGGCUUCGUGUCCUGCCUGACUUUCCACUGACUUUGGCGCCACCAUUUUUCCUUCCAUCCUGCCAGCUUCACUCUUGGAAGCUCUUUGGGAAUAAAGCUCCUCUUCUCCUUG